AUGGCGUGGGGCUUACCGAAAUUGCCAGGAUUAAUGUUUUCCGACCCAACAAAGACCCAACAUCACAUACGGAGUUCUCUUCGAUAUUAUCAAGGCCAUCGCUUUCCGGAUACUAUGCUGAGGGGUCCCGGUGGUACAGAUACGGAUGUGGAUAGCAAUGCCUUCGCCUUGCCUGAAGAUUCCGUCAACUACGAUCCAUCCCUGACGUACGGUCGCGUCAAGCAGCCAGCUUUACCAGCUGUGAUCCCUCAUUGGGUGCAUUACGACAAACGUUGCUUAAAUUUCACGGCAUUCUUUAAACAACCAGUGUUCGAAAAUCCAGAUGAACAUUAUAGGGUGCGGGUUGUCAACAUUGUUUAUUUCCUCGAAGAUGAUACUCUAACUGUUAUGGAACCCAGAGUUAAGAAUUCUGGCUUGUGGCAGGGAAGAAUGGUUAAACGAGGGAAGAUUCCUAAAAAUGACCUCGGCGAAUAUUGGCACUGGAAAGAUCUUGAUAACGGAAAAGAUAUCUGUAUUUACGGGAAAGUUUUUCACACUAUAUCCUGCGAUUUGUUCACUAAGGAAUGGCUGCAGUCACAAGGCGUGGAGCUUUCGAAGGAGGAAGAUCUGCCUGAAGACCCUUACAAAAAGAAGGAGAGAUGGAAGUCUGUGCAGCCGCCACAACGAGCCACAGCGCAUAAUGACGCCCUGCGGAGGUUCUUGGAAUAUGAAGGAAAGGUGCUUGCUUUUAACGUUGCUUGGGAUAAUAGAGACGCGGAGUACGGUGAAUUGACAGAAUACAAAAUGUUAUAUUUCCUGCAAGAUGACACUAUCUCUGUAAAGGAGCUUCACGAUAAGGCCGGAGGAAAGGAUCCAUUUCCUUUACUAUUGAAGAAAAGGAAAAUUCCUAAAAAGUGGAAGGAGAGACCAGUGAAUUUUCCAUCUAUAUGUAUGGAAGUGACAGACGAAGAGGUGACGGAGUAUUACGCGCCCAAGGAUUUGAUCGUUGGCGAGACGGUGUUCAUUCUGGGUCGUCGCUUCCUGAUAUUUGACUGCGAUAAUUUCACCAGACACUAUUAUAAGACGAUGUUGUAUAUUGAGCAACCACCGAAAAUCCAAGUAUUUCAUGAGACAAAGAAAGAGUUUCCGAAGAGCUUACCACCGCAUAUUGGUAUUGGCGCCCCGGAGGAUACACUGCAAUCUUGUUUUGGAUUGAUCCCAAAACCACCACACAAGGAUGUCAUCAAAUAUAACCUAAAUGCAAAUAAGUACCUACGUUAUCUGUGUGAACUGGACUGGAUCCACCCCGAGGACAAAGGCCGACAGUUCGUUAUAGGGUACAGCCUCGCCGACGGCACCAUCAAAAUAAGUGAAAUUCCCCGACGAAAUUCCGGAAUACGAGAGGGAAAAUUCUUGAAACCUAUGCGUUUACAAACGCCCGACUCCGAUCCCAACUUUCCAACAUAUUAUACUCCCGACAAGUUUUUCAUAGGAGCCAUAAUUCCUGUAUUCAAGCAUCGUUUCAAGAUAAUUGGCUGCGAUCUGUUCGUGUAUCGGUACAUGAGCGCCAACCCGGACAAAUUCCCUCAGGAAGUGAUAGAUAAUGUGCGCAACUACCACAUGCGGGAGGGCAAUCUGAAGGAUGAACUGCAGGAAGCGAUUCGCGACGAGCAAGCAGCCGAGAUCCGGGCACAGCUAGCGAAGAUCGGCCAAGCUGCAGUGGCCGAACCGAGCGCGAUGGAGCGCUGCCUCGCCGCGCUGGACGUGGUGGAGGGCAGCGCGGCGCCGCCCCCGCCGCCCACGCCACCCGACACCACCGACCGCAUCUCGUAUGAUGACUCGCUGAGGGUGCCCGAUUUCAUGCGUCUCCCUCCCGAUGCGUAUGAAGCCGUGAAGAAAUACAGACGUGAAGUGCCCGAAAUAUCGCCAGCGGCAUUACGAGUAGCUGACUACCCUCGUGAACCGCACCCUGAUGUGGACACUUGUGUCAACCCUCCGCCUGAAGCAACGGGACCUUGCGUCAGAAAGAAGGAAGACGUAUCGUUCGCGUGCCCGCACGUUGCCCCGAAGAUGCCUUGCUGCGAUCCAGAUAAACGCGAGAAAUAAUAUGAUAUAAUUUCUUUAAUUUGUUUGAUUGAUUGUUUCGCUUUUUGGUUGAAAUCUAAAAUCUGGGAGCAAGAAGGAAUAGCCUAACUUUAGAAAGCCUAACUUUG